AUGUUCCUCUGCAGCGAGCCUAGGCUAGCCUUUGUGCACAUUGACGGGGACUUGUACCAGUCCGUGCUGGAUGCUUUUGAAAAAACAUGGGACAGCGUGUCUGAUGGUGGCAUCGUGGUGGUAGAUGACUUCUUCCACAAGGUGCAGGGCCCUGCCCGUGCCACGGCCGAUUUCUUCAGAUCCAGGAUGAUGGCGCCUCCGUUGCUUUUCGUGAUCCCAGCCUAUGCGGUGCUGAUCGUGAAGGGCUACCUGGCUCACCUGUCGACGGAUGGCAAUUUCUAUUCCUUCGAGCUUCUGCGGUCGUACGAGCCACUGGCCAGGGUCUCAGUGCUCCAGGCCAAGGCCGUCCGUUUGUCGGCGCGUCGUGCUGAGCGGGCCAGCGGGCCGCGACCGGGUGAAAAUGCUUUGGCAUUUUUGGAUUUUCUUUCGUACCCAGCGGAUGGCGCCCAAAGCGGCGCGGACAUAUUCAGGUACUUGACGCCGCUGGAAGACAUGAUCGAUCUUAGUGAUGGUGGAGUGUUAACUCCUGACGGGCCUCGACAGGCGAGAAGGAUGCGAAUCCCGAGCCAGAGGCGAAAAGAGCAUGUCUUCACAGGGUGCCGCCCCCUACAGCCAGAGUUGUGCAGUGAGAUGGACCUCGCAGUGCUGGAGAACGCGUCCCUGGUCGGCCUGGAGCAGGUUCAGGUGGAGGUCGAGCGUUUGGCUGAGAGUUUGAAUGCUUGGGAUGCGACCACAGCUGCUCACAAUGUGGAGCGGCUGGAUCGGAUU